GCGAGACAUUCCGAGGGAAGUGGGCAAAAGGUGCAGGCGGUGCUUGUCGUUCGUCAGGUGUCAGCCGCCAUAGUGGCCUGCGAGUCCCGUCCGGCUCACGUUAUCCCUCCUGGCAGCCUCGUCCCGCCCCGCGCCGGGCACCACCACUGCACCAUGGCUGACAACACCAGUGCCCCUGAUUGCUGGGAGGCGGCGGCGGACGACAGCAUGGCCAGCCUCCCCAGCAGCCUGUCCACGCUGAACGUCAACGCUCCGGUCUUCGUCCCCAACGUGAACGCCCCGGAGUUCGUGCCCAGCUUCAUGAAGGAGGAGGCCGGCCAGACGCAGCCCGCGGCGCCGGAUCCGCCACCAGAACCGUCCACAAACACCCCAGAGGACCCAGCCGCCACCAACCUGGACGGAGACGUCCCUGCUGACUCCUGGGAGGAGGCUGCAGAUGCUGCAACACCUUCUCCCAACCGUGAGACUCCACCAACGCCCCCUACCCCAGGCACUCCAGAUGAGGAUGAUGAUGAGGACAGCGAUGAGAUCAAAAAGCCCAAGAAGAAGCCAUUGGAUGAAGAUGACUCUGCGCCCAAGAAGGAACCAGUCAAUGUUAUUUUCAUUGGCCAUGUGGAUGCUGGCAAGUCAACGAUUGGAGGUCAGAUCAUGUAUCUGACGGGCAUGGUGGAGAAGAGAACGCUGGAAAAAUAUGAGCGGGAGGCCAAAGAAAAAAACAGAGAAACGUGGUAUCUCUCCUGGGCGCUGGACACUAAUCUCGAAGAGCGAGACAAAGGGAAAACAGUGGAAGUUGGUAGAGCGUACUUUGAAACAGACCAGAAACAUUUCACUAUCCUUGAUGCCCCUGGACACAAAAGCUUCGUGCCUAACAUGAUCGGUGGUGCCUGCCAGGCUGAUUUGGCAGUUUUGGUAAUUUCUGCUAGAAAAGGAGAAUUUGAGACAGGCUUUGAGAGGGGUGGUCAGACUAGGGAGCAUGCCAUGUUGGCUAAGACAGCAGGAGUCAAACACCUGAUUGUUCUCAUCAACAAAAUGGACGACUCAACUGUGCUGUGGUCAGAAAAGCGUUAUAAUGAAUGCAAGGAGAAGUUGGUACCCUACCUCAAGAAGGUUGGCUUCAACCCCAGUAAAGACAUCAUGUUCAUGCCGUGUUCAGGCCUGACGGGUGCUAAUCUUAGAGAGCCUAUUGAUGAGAGCGUAUGCUCAUGGUUCAAGGGGCCAGCAUUCAUUCCCUACAUCAACAACUUACCGCCCCUUAACCGAAACAUUAGUGGACCUUUCAUGAUGCCCAUCGUAGACCGCUACAAUGACAGAGGCACCAUUGUCAUGGGCAAAGUAGAGUCUGGGUGCUGCAAGAAGGGUGACAACAUUGUGGUCAUGCCCAAUAAGACCCCCGUAACUGUGGACAUGCUCUGGCGAGAUGAGGACGAGACUGGGACCGUUAACUGUGGGGAGAACGUGAAAGUGAAGCUAAGGGGGGUAGAGGAGGCAGAUGUAGCUCCUGGUUUCGUGCUGUGUGAUCCCAACAACCCUUGCAAGACUGGCAGAAUAUUUGAUGCUCAGGUUGUGAUUCUGGAGCAUAAGUCAAUCAUCUGUGCUGGGUACUCUGCUGUCUGUCAUAUCCACUCUGUUGCUGAAGAAGUCACAGUCAAACUUCUGCUGUGCACCUUGGACAAGAAAUCUGGAGACAAGUCUCAGAUGAGGCCUCGCUUUGUUAAACAGGAUCAGAUUGCCAUCAUGAGGUUUGAGACGUCGGGAGUGAUCUGCAUGGAAGCGUUCAAGGACCACCCACAGCUUGGCCGCUUUACGUUAAGAGAUGAAGGCAAGACGAUUGCUAUUGGCAAGGUCUUGAAAGUUUUGGAGUAAGAUGUUGGAGUAACCAGCCUUCAAGUAAUCUGUAUUGCAACACCUGCAGAUGCCACAAGAGUAUUUAUGUGCAAUCCCCUUUAGUGGUGUCUUGCUCUUGUUUGAUAAUGGAGCCUCAGCAGCUUUUGUUAGGGCCCAUUUGGAAUAUCUGGCCUUGGGAAAUGCAAGAGGAUUUUGUCGUGAGAAUCACACUUAAGGCAGAAUUGCGAAGUCGGUCCAUCCACCAAUCAUCCUAAGAAAAUCAAAGUGUGUGUGGGUGUCAUGUCAGAGUCUCCGCCUGUUUCCUCUGCCUGUCAUGCUCAACCUUCAAGACCAGUGCUCUCGCUACAAGAGUUGUCACCCUUGUAGCCCCACCAGGGGGUCAGGCUCAGGGGAGUGAUGGAGAAGACGUGUAUAUAGAGCCAGUGUGUAUUGUCUCUUUAUUACAGAAAAGUGUUGUGUACGGUUUCUUGAGGUAGCUUAAUGAAUGUGAAGUUUUGCCCAUAUUCAACAGAAUACAGUUUUUAUAGUUAUGGGUAGAAGUUCAUUGAGGCAUGACGGUAUUGGGGAAGCCUUUCAAUAAGCAGAUUAGGCCUUGCAGGGGACUAGAUUAAUGCACCAAGCCUCAGGAAAGGUUCUUGCCAGUUGACUGCUGCAGUGGAACUGGGAUUUUUACUGGUGACAAUUUGAAAUUUCCCAAAAAUACAUUGUUUGUUUGGAAUAUAAAAAUGUGACUUUCAUUAGCCAGAAGGAAUGAUUUUAUUGUAAAUUUUAUUAAGUACCUUCCGUAUAUUACGGGGGGGCAGUGAGGCUGGUAGCAGCCAAGACUUGGUUGUUGGAGACUCAUUGGUAAAGACAGAGAAGGUGACAUGGUUUAUGACUAACCUGCUACAGCCUUCCAGAGUGGAGCUUGUUUGAAGAUUUUCCAAGGAUGAGAUGGCAGUGGCUAUUCCUUCUUAUGUGAUAAAUAGCACCUCUACAGGUAUCACUCGCAUCCUUAAUUCCUCCUCUGUGCCUGAGGUUGCACGUUUUAGUGUUAACAUGCAGUGGCUUAAUAUUUUUGGUGGUUCUCCUUCUUGGAGUGUUACAGCUGUCCUUUUAUUUGCACAGCUGGCCAGUGGUGGGCUGUCUUUAGUCCAGAUGGCACAGGGGGGGAGAUGGGACAUUGCCUGUGCAGUGUGAGCCCAUUGCUGCCGCUAAUCUCGGGAGUCAGGGCUCCAGAACUCCAUAGCUUUUUUGUAUUUUUUUUAUUACAUAUGAAUAUAUAUAAAUAUAUAUCUAUAUAUCUAUAUAUAUAUAUAGCCUUCACCUUCUGAACUAGAAUGAGAAAAGCUCUGGUGCUAUGGAGUGUGCUGGGUGCCUUGCUCUGCUCUUCAUCAUCGUGGCUUGUUCAUGCUGCUAAAAUGUUUUAACUUUUGUUAAAUUUGUGCUAUUGUAAGUAAUUCCCUGUGGAAGACUCAUGGUUCCCUAUGACAAUUAUAUUACACUUCUUGUUUUGGCAGUUUAUUAGGCUUAAAAAUAGUUUAGUUUAUAACUUUUUUAUUUCAAGAGCUGCCAGUAGCCCUUGUAUAAAAGUUAUUUAUAUAUUUGCCGUUGCAAAUUUUUCUCAAUAACCCAAACUUUUUAUUGUGGUUAUCCUGUCUAAAUGCAAAAAUUUGAAUAUACAGGAUGUGGAGGGUGA